AUCUUCCUGGUUGAUCGUCUUCUGAUUUAGAAUAAUUCAUUGUUAUCUCAUGAUAAUCCAAUCAUCUAACUCUAUGGGAAUGACAUUUUUUUUGCAUGAUUUCGUGUAGCUGCGGAAAGUUUGGAUGUGCCUCCUGAUUGCAAAAUGGGAAAUUUAUGGCUUACAAGAACUUUGUAUACCUUAUCAAAUGCCCUUUUGUGAAGGCGUGCACUAGAAGAAAGAAUGGAUAAAAGCAUCUUGAGCAGGCACGUGUCUGUUUCAUCAGUUUUGGGUGACUUUUUGUGGCUAAGUUCUUAUUGAUGCUUAUGUAAUUGCUAUGUUUUUAUACUGCAAGCUUUGGCUUCUAGUAAAAUCAGCCAUAUUUGCAGCCUGCGCCGUUCUAUAAAAGGAGGGAAAAAUCACGCAGCUUGCCUCAUGGUUUUGUUGACUCUGUGCCAGGAAAUAUGGAACAGUCCCUAUUCAAAUGAUAGCUUCCCUGUUUAUGCUGAGGACAUUGAUGGAGGUUCAUCUCCUUCAACUGCUAUGUUAUCUGAAGCUGCUAAGGCCUUGAAGGUUACCAUAGUGGGCAGUUCAAACCCAGAAAGAUGUGGUGAUCGAUUGUACAACGCUUGCUGUGUUUUUGGUUCCAUUGGAGUGCUGAAAGCCAAGCACCGCAAGACGUUGGACGUAUUGGUAUAG